CCUCUUUUGUUCCUAAGCAACCCUCUGUCUUACACGUACGCAAACUCACGCGGAGACAUAUUGCGACGAACGACAAGUAUGGACUUUUAAAGUGACAGCAUCGGACUAUCUUAGCACCUGUCACCUCGUAUCUUAAAAUGUACGAACCAAAUAAUCCACAGCGAAUGUGCAACGGUUCACAAACCACCGAAAGAGAACAAGCCAAAUUGCAGAAGAUCAAAGAACUGACAAGCAUCUUAAAGGACACGGACAAGAAUCUCACCAUAUGCGAGGAAAUACUGACGACUUAUAUAAAGAAACGAUUAAAGGAAAAAAGAGAAGGGAUACAAAGAAGAAACGAGCUGGAAAAUAGGAUGGCCGAAAUACUAGAAAAUCUAAAAACGCGAUUGUUGGUUGAAUGAAGCAAAUCUUAAAUAAUAAAUCUGUAUAUUAUGUGACUUAUAUGGAUAAUAUAUUAUCGUUUACAUUACUUGUUAUUACGUUCUAUAUCUCAUAAGAAAAUAAAAUUAUUAAUGUCAAUUUAUCUUAUUAAAUCAGUUUCUUUUUCUUAUUAAAAUACCAAAGUGCAA